UGCUAUUCAUCUUGUCAAGAAAAACUGCUUGUUGCUUUAUCUAUACCAUCAAACUUUAUUUCUAUAUAUGCAUUAUUACUAAAACUGGGUAGAGACAGUAUCAAGAAAAUAGCAUGGGGAAAUCAGUAAUGGAUGAUCUUGAAGAUGUUCUUGAAGAUGAUGUGUUCGAACAAGAUGCCUUCUCAGAGGAAACCAGGAAUCAGAUUAAAGAUACAGUUGAGGGACUUAAAAGCAUUAAAGAAAUGAUGAAGAAACUGGAGGAUAGCCUCCCAGAUUAUGAUGAAGAAACUAUGAAAUCAUAUGCAUUUGAAGAUCAUGAGAGGCCUGGAGGAAAGUGGCCGCUGCUGAAGAGCAGCUUCAGCAUAAAUCUGGUGGCCUUUCUUUUCCUUGCUUUCUUAUUAAGUUUCUUCCUCUACAAAUUGGUAUCUAGUCUACGAGAGAAAGAGCGUCAGAAAGAGG